AUGUUUUACAGAGCAACAAUACAUUCCGAUCCGCAGAAGUUCAUUUAUCUCAACACAUAUCAACACAAUGGACGUCACUCGCCCUCUACCCAAAUUUCAAAAACAUAUUGUCUCAAAUCUUCUGGACCGAGAAAUUGGCAGCGAAAAUCAAAAAUGUAUUUUGUAUUCACGGUUAUCAUUUUCAGCAAUGCAUCACUACCAGUUUCAGACAAAUCCGUCCAAAACUCAUUCCAUCACCACUCUCAACUGUUCGCUUCUUCAUCUCAACUGACAAACCUUCAAUUAAUCGAUUUUAAUAAAUGCGAUCCUUCCAUUUCUGAUACUCAAUUCGAUAGUGAUGCUGACUGUCUCGGAUUCUCGCCCGAUGGAAAAUAUCUAGCGUUUCACAGCCAUGCUCACAGUGCAAUAUCAGUUCUCAAAUAUACUGGGAUAGAAAACAUGAAAGGUGCCAAAGAUCAGUCCGAUCCAUUGAAUUGCUUCGGAGGGUUUACGAAGUUCGAGCUAGCACCGAUUACUAGAGAGCAUCGAUAUCAAAACGAGAAGAUUAUUCGUAGCUGGUGGACAGAUGAUUCUUCUACUCUCAUCAUACAGCUAACAAUUGAACAGUUCAGAGAAGAAGAACAGGCGCACGAUGAACCUGAUGAGGAAAUUCUUGUUGUAGCCAAUGACAUUAUGACCACAGAAAGUUAUCAAAACGCCGCCGACGUUCCAGAUCCUGUGGCAUGGUUUGAUGAAAUUGUUGGAAGUGAUUUCUAUAGACCCGGACAGGAACAAUAUGGGAGGUCGACCAUAAGCCGCCGUACUCAAAACUUUCAUGACAGAUUCAUGUUCUUGAAUCAAUUUACUACUCUUAAUGACGUAAGAGAGUACCACCAUCAGGAAUCAAGUGGUCGAUACUAUGAAAAUGAGUUCACAUGUGAAGAUCCACCAAAAGCCAUCCAGCACAGGGAGACAAGUCGGACCAUGCCCUACUAUUCAGCCGUGAAAGCAGCAGCACAAGUCGCUAUCGAUGAACAACGGUUUCACCGAGAAUGUAGUAGAACUAUGUCCGUGUUUCAUGCGGUCACUUCAUCAGCUCAUCACGAAUCAGAGGCGUAUUUGGACGAGGACGAUACAUUUGCUUCCACUUCAAAAAGUGUUCGUCGUCUCAGAAGUCCUAAUUCGUCACAAGAGGGAGGAACGAAACAAAAAAGGGCAAAAACGGAUAGUUUUGUGUCAACUGCAAUAGAAGAGGCUUGGAAUUCAAUGGACGACUAUGAAAAAUGGAAUUCGGAAAACUAUCCCAGAUCAGUACGCCAUGUGGUGCAUCUACUCCAAAAGUUCCCAGAAUAUGCUGCAGAUUUCAAAACUUCCGGACCCAAUAUCAACUGCCUCGGUUACUCGAGACCUGGCUCUGACACUAGAAGAGCUUCUACUGUUAGACAAAAACCAUUUUCUGAUCGGUUUCGAGAAAUGCGUUCUUUUAUAGCUGGAUUGGAUCAGUCGGACCCGGUUGAUAAAAACGAAAAACCAGAAGCUACUGUAGUUUUUGUCGCUUUUCAUGUUGAAACCAAGAAAAUGAUAAAACUUCCUUUCGAAAAGGUGUUCACACCAUACCACUGUCAUGGGAGGGAUCGCCUUGUCGUUUUCUCAUGUAACAACGAUUUCAUUCAAGUUUACCACUUGUCCGACGUUGAUCACGAAUGGAUCUCUCAGAAACAUUUUCGGUUAUCGCAACUCGAUUCAGAACCACUACAAUUGAAAUAUCGAACUGGUACAAUGCCAGGGAUGCCGUCUCUCAAUCGUGAUGUGCAAACUGGAUCAGUCAUUGGGGAUUUGUUUGACAUUCGAGCAUUUAACAGUCCUAUUCAACAAGACGUUGCUACGCUUCUCGGUUCUAAUAUGCCCGAAUACUUCAAUAGCUUCAAACCAUUUCUAACGUUGGUUCACAUUUUGACACCAGAAGUUGCAUACAGUAUUCGAUGUCUUAGUGAUGGGCUAAUUGCAGUCUCUAUGAGCUACUGUAAGUGCAGAUUGCUCGCAUUUAUCUUUCUUGCAGCACGUCUUGCCCGGAUUCAAAUGGGAGUCAUCGUUUCCCUGGUUGACUCUACGGUCGAGGUUUAUGCUGAUUAUCACAAGUUUCUGAAACUACUGUUUACUCAUCAUCUUCCUGAUUUAUUGCCACGCCAUUGGACACACAACAAUCCAUAUCCAGUAACCGAGCAGUCUUGGUUCAAAAAUGAGAUCAUCGAUGUUUCUAAUCCUAAAGAGAUGACCAACUUCAGACCGCUCAACGAUAUUUAUCAAUUCUUCGAUAAAAUUUGGCACAAUGUGAGAAGUGUUUCCAAUCCGCUACAGUGUUCCCUGUUCAAUAAAACGCACGCGUAUCAACUACUUUUCAAUUACUUAUUCAACGAUGGCAGAAACAUAACAUUCCGGGAAUAUGAUGACAACCUGUGUAGAGCUAUACGAAUGGAACAAUAUUAUCAUCCAUCAGACCCUUUCAAGCUUAUCAAAAAUGUAUAUCAGUGGUAUUUAGCAUUUCAACCAAAGGAUCCAGACAACGUCAUUGUACAUAGCAACCGUUUUAAAGCCUGA